AGGACACUUCAUAUCGUUAAGAGUGGGUUUCUCGUAACCCAACAACAGUAACAACAGAAGACAACGCGACACGUAAGGUCAUAAGUCGCUUUCAUUAUUCUUAAAGAUGAGCAGCUUGGAGAAUGCAAAACCCGAGGAUGCGUCGAACAGUGUUCAAAAGAGUACAACGACUGUAUCGUCGGAGAAGGUCAGCACGCCGCCUGGACUGAUGUGGACGCGCGCGGGUAUCAUCGCACUUGUGUCUGUGGUCUCGUGGAUUACGAUUAGCUACUGCUCCAACGUCUACUUUGACCGCGAUUCGGCCUUUCACGACGCUCUCAAGUGCACAGAAGGGGUGCUGAACGAGCAUGUCGAUCAAUUCUGGCUGCUGAAUGGCACUCUGCUGGGUUCUACUCGUAUUGGUCGUCUCGUACUCUGGGACGCGGACUUGGACAUUGGCGUACUGGUGCCAACGCCGAGCGACUUUGACAAGGCAUCAAGCGCUCUUGACGCUGAGUGCUUUGGACACAAAUCGGUGAUUAAGCACGGUACGUACAAUCCAUCACUGCGUGUGUGGCGGAAAUGCACGCCACGCAUCUGUGCCGAGUUUGUUGAAACUACCUUGGUGGACGGCACCGCGAGGACGGGGGAGGGGGAGUCGGAGGAGUCUUUCUUAUUUCCUCUCCAGUCGUGUACUGUUUCAGGCGUCGAGGCACACUGCCCGAAGAAUUUCAGCUUCUACCUCGCGCAAGCCUUCGGCCAAGAUUGGCUGACGACGCCGCUUACCAAGUUGUUUUGA